AUGGCGUACGGCCAAUCUGGCUCGGGCAAGAGUUACACCAUGGGCACCGAAAGUGUGGAUGUCGGUUCACGGUCGAGUUCCCGAAUGUCCACACGUGACCUGGACGGCGGAUUCGCGUCUGACCCAGUCAAUCCCGACCCCGACCACGAGGGUCUAGUCCAGCGGGCCUCGGCAGACAUCUUCGCAAAGCUCGAGGACAAGUUUGACAAGACAAUGUCGGAACUGACGGUUUCCGUCAGUUAUGUAGAGCUCUACAACGAACAGUUCUGCGACCUGCUGGACCCUAACCCAAAACCCCAGCCCAUGGUGCGUGAGGACAGCGCCGGUAACGUGGCCAUCUCCGGCGUGGCGCACGUGACUGUCUCCUCGCUCCCCGCGCUGCUUCAUCUCCUGCGCUCGGGCUCCGAGCUCCGCCAAAAGGGGUCCACGGCGCUUAACUCUGAGUCGUCGCGCUCCCACGCCAUUUUCACCAUCACCCUGACCCAGAACGGCGCCUCCAGCAAGUUCAAUUUUGUCGAUUUGGCUGGCUCGGAGCGACUGAAGAAUUCCGAGGCCAAGGGAGAAAGAGUCAAGGAGGGCAUCGCCAUUAACGGAGGUUUGGCGGCGUUGGGCAAGGUGAUUAGUCAACUGUCGAGUGCCGCCCAAACUGCGGCAACAGCCACCAAACAUAUCUCGUACCGAGACUCGAAAUUGACCCGCUUGUUGCAAGACUCGCUGGGGGGCAGAGCGGUGACAUAUCUCUUGUCCUGCAUCACGUGUGACGACGCGUUUGUGUCGGAAACACUCUCCACGCUUAGUUACACCCAGCGAGCACGUGCCAUCCAACUGGCUCCAGAGAUUAGCCAGAAUGAGGAGAUGGAGUUUGACCAGAUGAAGCGGGAGAUGGAGUACUGGCGAGGGCGAACGAGAGAGCUGGAGCGCGAGCGCGAGCGAACACGUGACUUUUCACGCGACUUUUCCCAUGAAUCGCCCUCACGGCUGUCAUCGCGGGACUCUCCUUCGCGCAUGUCGUCCAGCAGAGACAGCCCCACGGGGUUUGUACGCGAGUCGCCGACACGGACGUCACGUGACCGGUCACGUGACUCGCUGCGCUCCUCGCGAAUGUCUCCCACGCGCCACCACCGCCACCAGCGCGACUGGUCCCACGAUUCUCUCAGGCAUGCGGACUUUGAUGUCAUGUCACCUGACUCUACCUUUUCCCCACGGGGCUCGACGACGGACGUGUCGCGCACAUCCCCCGACUCACGUGAGAAUGGGUCCUCGCGGCUCAACAACACCACCGAAAUGCACUCUGCGGUGGAGGAUAUGAUCAAGCAGUACGAUUUGCGGAUUCUGGGGUUAGAAACCGCGCUGGUAGAAGAGCAGCGCGGGCACGCGGCGGAGCGGGAGAGUCACGUGAUCGCGCAGCAGCGGAUCGGGGAGCUGGAGUCGUUGCUGGAGCAGCGCGAGGACGAGAUUCGUGAGUUGAAGGCCAGCCACAGGAGCGAGUCUCGCGCGACAGUGAUGUCUGAGGAUUCACGUGACGCGUCUACAGCGGGGAGUAGCUCACGUGCGCCCCUCGAGUCGCGCAUCUCCGUGCUGGAGUCGCAUCUUGACAACUCCCGGGUGCAGCACCGGCGGACUCUGGACGAGCUCAAGCGGCUGUCGUCGCACUACGAGGCAAUGUCUCGUGAUCUGGACCGGUCGCGGCGGGAGGUGGAGAAGGAGAAGCAGCUGCGGUAUGACGUGAUUGCUCAGAUGAAACGCACGAGCGUGAGCGAGUCACGAGAUGAGGCGACUGGCGUCGGCGGCGGCAGUAUACGGUCUCGAACUGCGGCGUCGUUUACAAGCAGUUUAUUUGCCAGUUUGCCGCGGGUAGCCGAUAGUGCCGAUGACGAGCGGGAGACCGGGUCAUCUGUCAAGCUCUCCAAUGGGAGCUCCGAUUCGAAGAAGACGUCCAUCUCGUCGGAGGUUUUGCCGAAUGAUUCGUCACUGCCGCAUUUUCACUGA